AUGCCAUACAACAGGGAGGUUAUCGCCUCCAUCUCGUUCGAGCCCGAUCCGUCCUCCGGCAGCGGCACACCCGACCGCGGUGGCCUCAGUGACGGCGUGGGGGAGCGUGGGUCAUUUGAUGCCUCAGCGGAGCCCACGUCGCGGCAAAACGAAGCGACGCGUAACAUUAUUCGAUGCAUGAAGUGGGCCCUGGGGCAGAGCAUCAAAAGUAUAUCUCACCCAGCCAAGCGGCGACCGCUGGAUCCGAAGAAAGACUUCACAAUUGAGACUACCAUUGAAGUCAAGGCCGGAAGCAACGGUGGAUUAGCCUUCGGCUGCUGCGGUGGUGCAUCCGCGGUGAAGCGGCGGCCGCCACAAGUGUUGCCGGUUCGCGGGACUGGAACUGCCAAAUUUGACGUCACCCAUAGUGACACGGAGGAUUACGACGACGACGACCCACAAAUCUCUUUUAAGUUCACUGACUACUCUCCUAUGUGUUAUCGCCACAUACGGGAAUUCUUCGAUAUCGAUCCAAUGACCUACUGUGAGGUGCUGAUGCGAAGUAGGUGGCACAGUACCCCUACCCCCGGAAAGUCGGCGGCGCAUCUCUUUUUCUGCGGCAAGGAUUGGGUUAUAAAAACCAUGACCAGGAACGAAAGUGAGUUUUUGCGCAGCAUCUUACAUCGCUACUAUUUUUUUAUACUAGAUAACCCACAUACGCUACUGCCGCACUUCGUUGGACACCAUCGCCUUGAAAUUGCCGGAGAGAAGAUAAAUUUUAUUAUAAUGCAGAACGUUUUUGCGACGGGAAAUGCCAUACACGAAAAGUAUGAUAUCAAGGGAAGCACCGUAGGACGUUUUGCCACUGAGGCCGAAAAAAGAAAGCAGACUUGCACGCAAAAGGAUCUUGAUUUAAACCGUCCCAUACAUGUAGGGCCUGCGCGAAGGGCACAACUCAUUGAACAAAUUAGAAAAGACUGUGACUUCUUGAAACAGUCCCACAUUAUGGACUACUCGUUUAUAGUUGGUAUUCAUGUCUUGCCAGCGUCCGAUCCACGGAGUUUGGGGAGUGGUGUGGCAGGACUAAGAGAAAGCCUGCCAUCAGGUCCGUCCUCGCUGCCGACCUUGCAACUGGACGGAACGGCAGUUGGUGUUGCUUCGGACGGGCAGGUGCAGUGGACAACUAGCGGUGCUAACGCCCCUACGCCUGAAACUGUCAUCGAUGGACGAUGCUUUACGGCAGAUGAGGGGGGCAUGCGCAGCACGGAUCAACCAGGGACUCGGAGGGAAAUAUAUUACAUUGGAAUUAUUGAUAUCUUGCAGAGGUACAAUGUCGGGAAGUAUUUGGAGACGGUAUUUUUGGGUUUAGCAAAGGACCCAAAGAAAAUAUCUUCUGUUCCUCCCCGAGAGUACGCGGAGCGUUUUGUGGCGUUUGUCUCCUCUAUUAUUGUCUGA